UGCCACCAGCUGUGCGCAAGACGAACAAAGUGGCUGGGAGUUGAACUGUUUAGCCUGAAUGUCGGGCUAUGAUCUGAAGGAUAACAUUGCAUAAAGAAUCAAUAAGAAGGCGGACGAGGAGCGUGGUGACUGGUGCAUUGACAUCAUGAAUGUGGGCACGGCGCACAGCGAGGUGAACCCCAACACGCAGGUGAUGAACAGCCGGGGCAUCUGGCUCUCCUACCUCCUGGGCAUCGGCCUGUUGCACGUCGUCCUGCUCAGCAUCCCCUUCGCUAGCGUACCCGUGGUCUGGACCCUCACCAACCUCAUACACAACCUGUGCAUGUACCUGUUGUUACACUUGGUGAAAGGAACUCCGUUUGAGACUCCCGAUCAGAGCAAGGCUCGCUUCUACACAUACUGGGAGCAGAUGGACUAUGGUGUCCAGUUCACUGCCUCACGCAAGUUCCUCACCAUCACCCCCAUCGUCCUCUACAUCCUCACCAGCUUCUACACCAAAUAUGACCGGGCCCACUUUGUGGUCAACACAGUCUCCCUGAUGACUGUGCUCAUUCCCAAGCUCCCCCAGCUUCACGGAGUCCGGAUCUUUGGGAUUAACAAGUACUGAUGGGGCGGAAAGGGACACUGCCAUUCCACCAUCUUCCCGUGGACUGUGAACACCGAGUAUCAGGCCCCUUGCUUUGGCCCCCAGCCCAUAGGGAUGCAUGGUCCCUCUCUGUCUCCCAGUGCUAUUUGAGCACUCCGCUAAAUGAAGCCUAUGGGGGAUACACAACACAAAACUGUAACACAGAGGCAGAAUUGAUUUACUUUAACUGUACAGGGCCUGGCUGGUGUUCCCAGCCAAGCCCUGUGGCGUUUAUUUGUGGCGUUUAUUUGUGGUUCCCUUUAUGUCAGAGUUGUUUGAAUUCACAGAGAACACUGCAAGUGAAGCCUUUGAGGACAUGCAGUAGUAUGAGAUGUUUUGAGAUUGAGUUACAAUGUGGAGAGGAGAAACCUCUGAACAGUUUGGUCCUGAGAGAAAUGAGACGGAAACAUUUUGCACCCAGGGGGACAUUUUAAAAGUUAAGGCACUCUGCUAGGGACGAUGCCCUCUAGAAUUAUAACUCUACCUUUCUUUAGCAUAUUUUCCUCAUAAGGCACAUCUUCUCUUUCUCUCGUAAGAAAGGACAGAUAAAUAGAGGGUGGGUUAGCUAGGGAGUUGCUCUGACUAUCACAGUGGUCAGACAAGAGGGAACAACAGAAUUACGGUUUGUGCUGUUUGUGCCAUCAUUAUGUGAACAAAAUUUGCAUCUGCACUGUUCUUCAAGUAAAUGUGUUUUUGUAGAAUUUUCUGUGUAAAUUGUUAAAAGUAGUCCUUGUGCAUAGAGUUGUAAGGUUUGUUUAACGCUGCAAUCAUUGUUUUUCAUACAUUUUAAAGUGAUACUGUGGAAUUGCCCCUUAGGCUAAUGCACAAUAAGUUCAGGACUAUUGUGAAUACAUUUUACAAAGUAAAACCUAUAACGAUGAGGGUUCAAGUUUUUGUUUUGUUAAGAGUAGGCCUACAUGGAAAAACCUCACUUUUUCUAUGGUUACUAAGGGCAAGCAAGCAAACCUUUUAUUUCUUGUCAGUGAAUACCUGUACAUGAUAGGCCUUGACUUGGAGAGGUAUUCUUUGUUUACAAGUCAGUAUUUAAUGUAGGUCCAAGUCCAACCAUACAGAAUACUAUGCUUAGCUUUGGUAUUUGAUUUCAGUGAAUGAGGGUCGUAACUUAAGUAGGUGUACCAAUAUUGUUCAUAUACAUAGCUACUGUAUACCUGAAUACAGUUGGGAAAUUCCUGACAAAUCUACAGUAGCUAGCAAUAUUAACAUAACAUAUGUUGAAGUUACGCCUUUAUCAGUAUUUUGUCUUGGUGUAUAAAACAUAUCCAGGCCUUGAAGUCCUCUUAUCUUCAAAGAACUCUUCUCACAUUUUAAGUUGUUGAGCAGAAAACAUCCAUUAUGGAAGGUUUGGUGGGGGUUAUUGCCUCUAGUCUAAAUUUGAGUUUUAAGGAGUGUUUAGCUGAAAACAUGUUCGCUUUUGCAGAGACAAAUCUAUUUGUUACAUACUAUAAUAGUAUAAUGUUUAUUGAACAACAAAACAGUUAAAAAUAAGUUGGCUCAGUUGCUGAGAUAUGGACGUUGCCAAUUGGUUUAGAAUCUAGAUCUUGUUGGUAUUAGCAAGCCUUAACAGCAUACUAUUACGACUAGUGUUGAGGUUGAACACUUAGGCCUGUGCUGUCUUUCAACUCCUACUUGGUACAAAACUAGUCAUACAACUCUAGACAGUAAUCAAUGGGUAUUGCAACCCGAAAGGUUUCCCUUCACUGGAACUAAGGGGCCAUGAAAAACAGCCCCAGACAUUCAUUCCUCCUCCACCAAACUUUACAGUUGGCACUAUGCAUUGGGGCAGGUAGCGUUCUCCUGGCAUCUGUCAAACCCAGAUUCGUCCGACGGACUGCCAGAGGGUGAAGCGGGAUUAAUCACUCCAGGGAACGCAUUUCCACUGCUCCAGAGUCCAAUGGCGGCGAGCUUUACACCACUCCAGCUGACGCUUGGCAUUGCGCA